UGAUCCAAAGCAAAUGAGCAGAUGAAGCAGCAGCAGCUGGUCCAUUCCAUCAGAAUCCAUGCCUUUGUUUGGGCUCGGCUCUUUCCCUGCACCUUUAAAAGCAUCAGGAAGGAGGAAAAGGAGAGAAAGGGAGGCGACCGAACAAAUACAAUGAUCGCUGGAACCGGGAACGACAUUCCGAAAACCGAUUCUCUCCGAUCAGAAGCGAGCUACUGCCCAGACUCCACCGACUCCUCUUCCUCUGAAGCUGGCCAGCUGAGCAGGAGGCGGGACACCCAGACCACCAGCGGUAGCAUCGUCCCGGAGGAGAGCGGCAGCAUCCAGCCCCUGGUCUCCUCGUCCGCAGCCGCCGCCUGCAUCAUGACAUCGGGGGAGUUCAUGCAAACCGCUCCCCUGCUGGCGCACAAGUCCAAGAGGAGCCUGCUGUACAAGGCGCUCUGCUUCCUCCUCCUCAUAUUCCAGGGCGGCAUUCUGGACUUCUACCUCAUCAUUUUCACCGACCUGUACUGGUGCUCAUGGAUCGCCACGGACCUGGUGGUGAUUUCAGGCUGGGGGAUUUUCUUCAUGAAGAACGCGCGGAGUAAGAGGGAGCGGGCCUGCGGCUUCCACCAGAAGAGCUCCAUUUUCGGCUGCAAUCUGGGGGAGUUCACCUACGCCUACCUGGCCUGGCUCAUCUAUGUCAUCGCCUGCACUCCGAAGGUGGUGCUCAUUCUGGAGACGUCCAUUCUGGACCUGAUCGCGCUCAAGGUCCCGUGCGGAGUGACCGGCUUCAAAAUCAUCAUGCUGCUGUCCGCGCCGCUGCUCUUCUGCCUCAUCAACUCCAUCAUAGAGGAUUUAAACGGCUCGACGAGGCACCACUCCCAGAACUGCUUCAUGGGCACCUGCCUGGAUCUGCUGGACAGCUUCACGCUGGUGGAGAUGUUGCUGAGGAACGAGAUCCCCACAGUGUACCUCAAGUACACCGUCAUCUCGGUGUACUUCGUGGCCCUGGCCGUGCCGGUGAUCUGGCUCUACGAGCUGACGGCGUCGGAGCUGCGCUGCAGGUGGCUGUGGGCCCGCUUCUCCACCGGGCUGCUGGUCAACGCGCCGCUGCUGGUGGUGAGGUGUUUCCAGGUCUACGUCUACAAGACGUCGGUGUCCGUAUUCAUGUUCAAAAACAUCUUUUUCUUGGCGUGUAAGUUGCUGGAGCUGGUGGAGCAGUGUGUGGCGGUGCGAGGGGUGCGCAGGCUGGCCGGCAGCAGUAACCCGGCCCAGUUCUCCCACUGCGUGUCCGAGAACGACAUGUGUCCGCACGGAUAUGUCAACACCCUGGCCGUGACCCAGUCCUAG